UCCUCCCAUACCCGGAAGUUGUUCUGUGUACGGUGCCAACAAUAACAACGGUUUCUGGAGUUAAAUCAAACAAGCUUAGCUAACGGCAUCAUGUCGGAUAAGAGUGAGCUGAAGGCGGAGUUGGAGAGGAAGAAGCAGCGCCUCGCACAAAUACGGGAAGAAAAGAAGAGAAAAGAGGAAGAACGCAAGAAAAAAGAGCAGGCGGAGCAGCUGAAAGAACCUGCUGUGGUGCAGGAUGACUCUGAUCUGGAGAAGAAGAGGAGAGAAGCUGAAGCACUGCUUCAGAGCAUGGGAAUUGCACCAGAUGUGCACCCAGUUUCUGGGUCCUUGUCUCCCACGACCAAAUCUGCAGGCAGCCCAAGUGAGGCAGGUAGCCAGGAUUCGGGCGACGGCACCACAGGACCCAGGCGAGGUCCGGUGAAGCUGAGCAUUGCAAAGCUGACUCAGGUGGACUUCCCUCCCAAAGAGGUGGUGUCCUACACCAAGGAGACUCAGACCCCCACCAUAAGUGAACAGAAAGAGGAGGAAGAAGAGGAGGAAGAGCUGGCUCCUGCAGAAACAGUGACAGAGGUGGAGAAAGAGACAGUAGUGCAGGAACAAGAAGAAGAAGUGCCCCCUCAUGAGCUGACUGAGGAGGAGAAGCUGCAGAUUCUACACUCUGAGGAAUUUAUGGACUUCUUUGACCAUAGCACACGCAUCAUUGAGAGAGCUUUGUCUGAACAUGUGGAUGUUUUCUUUGACUACAGUGGCCGUGACCUUGAGGACAAGGAAGGUGAGAUGCAGGCUGGAGCAAAGCUGUCUCUGAACAGACAGUUCAUGGAUGAACGCUGGUCCAAACACAGGGUGGUCACCUGCUUGGACUGGUCCCCACAGUAUCCUGAGCUGCUGGUUGCCUCCUAUAACAACAACGAGGAGGCACCGCAUGAGCCUGAUGGAGUGGCACUGGUCUGGAACAUGAAGUAUAAGAAAACUACGCCCGAGUAUGUCUUUCACUGCCAGUCUGCAGUGAUGUCAGCUGCAUUUGUCAAGUUCCACCCUAACCUGGUGGUAGGUGGUACAUAUUCAGGACAGAUCGUGUUAUGGGACAACAGGAGUAACAAGCGAACUCCAGUGCAGAGGACCCCUCUUUCAGCUGCUGCUCACACGCAUCCUGUUUACUGUGUGAAUGUCGUCGGCACUCAGAACGCUCACAACCUGAUCAGCAUCUCCACUGAUGGUAAAAUGUGCUCGUGGAGCCUGGACAUGUUGUCCCAGCCUCAGGACAGUAUGGAGUUGGUGUUUAAGCAAUCUAAGUCUGUAGCAGUCACUUCCAUGUCUUUCCCCCUGGGUGACGUCAAUAACUUUGUGGUAGGGAGCGAGGACGGGUCAGUCUACACGUCCUGUCGGCACGGCAGUAAGGCAGGUAUCAGCGAGAUGUUUGAGGGCCACCAUGGGCCAAUUACAGGAAUCCACUGCCACACAGCAGCUGGUUCUGUAGACUUCUCUCAUCUCUUCCUCACCUCUUCCUUUGACUGGACCGUCAAACUCUGGAGCACUAAGAAUAAUAAGCCACUCUACUCAUUUGAGGAUAACUCCGACUAUGUGUAUGAUGUGAUGUGGUCACCUGUUCACCCUGCGCUCUUUGCUUGUGUGGAUGGAGUUGGCCAUUUAGAUCUGUGGAACCUCAACAAUGACACGGAGGUUCCCACUGCCAGUAUUACAGUGGAGGGGACUUCUGCUCUGAAUCGGCUGAGGUGGGCACAGACAGGCCGAGAGAUCGCAGUAGGAGACUCUGAUGGACAGGUUCUCAUUUACGAUGUUGGAGAGCAGAUCGCCAUACCACGUACUGAUGAGUGGGCACGCUUCGUCAGGACGCUCACGGAGAUUAACGAAAACCGUGAGGAUGCCGAGGAGCUCAUCGCACAGCGCAUCCCGUCUUAAUCACCACGCAUCCAGUGCCAUUCCACAAACGGAGCUCCAGGUUUUCAAUGCAAAAAAAAAUAAAAAUAAAAUCAAAAGCAAGCAUGUGCAACCUCACAAGGCAUGACGACAGUGCUAAUGAUUGAGUUCUUUAUCCAAAAACUUUUGUAUGAUUUACAGCUUUUGCCUUUUGUUCGAGUAAAGAAUGUGGUCAGAGUGAUGGGAAUGACAAUGAAGUCGAACCAGCAGUUUUCUAUUCUCUUCCACUACCAGGAGCCUUAAAAUUGUCAGGUUGAAUCCAUCAGAAACACAGUUUAAAGUUUCACUCUUGCUGGUAUUUACACCGGAGCUUUUCAUCCCAUUUGAAUGGAUCUAAAAGUUUAAUCAAUUGUAAAAGUACUUCACUGAGCCCGUUUUCUUUUCCCUCUUGCUGACUGGAGUCUGAGUGCAUUCAUAAAUUCACUUCUGUAAUCUGAAAAUGAAGGCAGGUUUGUAAAAUCAAAACCCUCAUUGCUCUUAUUUCCUGUCUCAAAAGUUGUCCAAGUGCUACAGUUUCAAACGCUGGGCAUUAUAACACUCCACGUGAGAAACCAAAGAUUUUACUCAAGUGAGUUGAGUUUUAACACAGUAACUCAUGACCUGUAUUAAAAAUGACUGAUAUAAUUAACUCUAUAAAAAGAACCAGGGAUUUUUGUGCAUUUGUCAAUCUGUCUUUCACAAAUUAAGCCAUUCGUUGUCUUCUUAUUGAAGUUCUUUGGUAUUUGAGGAGUGAUGCUGAAUUUAUGAACGCGCUCAUGAUUUCUACAGUAUAGUGGGGCAGCUAGGAUCAAGAUUCCCCUCACUGUCAACUGCUCGUCCCGCUCCACGUUUAAGUCUGUAAAUUCUGGUUACUGAUUAAACAUUUUGUCUUCAUGCUCACGUAAAUAUCCCAGAAUUAUUAUGCAGUGAGAUUGUUGUAUGAUCGUCAUCAACUUGCUAAGCAUUUAAGCCAUUGUUUUUCAAAACUGGCUCCUGUUCUUCCAGUUUUAUAGCUUUCUUCAGCCUCUUUGAAUGUCUUUGUACAUCUCUAUAAACUCGUCCUCCUGAACCCAAA